AUGAGACUGGAUGGUUCAAAUCUCACUGUAGCGUAUAACACAACCAGUCUAGGACAACCACUCUAUCUUUAUGUUGACUCAUAUGAAAAUAUUUAUGUCACGUUCAGGGGCAAUCAUGGUGUGUUUGUUUUUCGACCAAAUUCUACAAAUGGUACCAGAAUUGCUGGUAGUAGGACUGCAGGAUCUGCUAAUGAACAAUUCAAUUGGCCAUAUGGAAUAUUCGUGAGCGACAACGGUACCAUCUAUGUUGCAGAUCACAGUAAUAAUCAAAUCAUGAAAUGGCUCGCAGGAGCGUCAUCUGGCAUCCGUGUGGCUGGUGAUGGAACAUCUGGUUACAGUUUAACACAAGUGAAUUCACCCACGGAUGUGAUUGUUGAUGAGGAUGAAUUCAUGUAUAUCACUGAAGCGAUUGGCUCGCGGAUCACCCGAUGGGCUCCUCACUCAUCCUAUGGAACAUGUAUCGUCGCAUGUUCGGGGACAACAGGAACUGGACCAAAUCAACUCCACCAGCCUCACUCAUUAGCAUUCGAUAGUUUUGGGUCACUCUAUGUGAGCGAGUGGCUAAACAACAGAGUACAAAAGUUUGAACUUCUCAACUAUCCAGUUCCAUACAAUCAACCGAAUCUCGACUCCAAUGCAACAUGGAGUCAAUGUGGUGUGACUUUCAUCGAUAAAACUACCUCUCGUUCAUUUGUGCGCGGCUUUUUCAUCGAUUCAAAUGACACUCUUUAUCUAGUUGACUAUGUCAGCAGUCGAAUUCUCAUCUGGCACGAUCACACUACUUAUCCAUCACGUGAACUGUCUGCUACUUUGUUCGAAUACACUGGUUUAUUUGUGACACUGAUUGGCGACAUCUUUUUCCAGAACGGUAUCCAAACAGGUCGCAUCGACAAGUUUUCAUCAAACUCAAACACCAGUCAAUUUGUGACGAUGUUUUCAGGAAACUGCUAUAGUCUUUUUGUAGACAUUCGGAAUACUCUUUACUGUUCUCUACAUGGAGAACAUCGAGUAGUGACAGCAUCACUUUCGGAUAACAAUCGUUCAGCAGUGACGAUAGCAGGAACAAGUUCGGCAGGACCACAAUCAGAUCAACUUUGGUAUCCUUGGGGAAUAUUUGUGGAUAUCGGUUUUAGUCUUUAUGUGGCUGAGCACGGAAACGAUCGAAUUCAGUUAUUUCGACGAGGAGAACGCAGUGGAACUACUGUUGCUGGAAAGAACAUUCCUAAUGGCUUACUAUUAAAGAACCCCACGGAUGUGGAGAUGGGGACUUUGAGUGCAUUACUGGUUNCUUUGUUCACAAUAAAUUGCUCGAAUUGGUUCGAUGAAGAUGGAAUCAAAGACAUUUCAGUCUAUGGUAAAGUUUUCUCGUCAGGUCGGAAAAUAUAUUCCCAAAGGCGAAUGUUGCUUACUUCGUCAACAAACUCAAUCAUUUCCCUUCGAUUACCUACGAACGUCGAUCUACUUGUUCAAAUUCGGGAUACAUUUGGUUGUAUCACUGAAGUUGAUCUCACACCAGUGACAAUCACUUCGAAUUCUUCGUUAAUUGGUGCUCUAUUUGAGGAAAAAUCGAACAUUGAGUCAAAUAUCAUUCCACUAUCUGAACUUCUUAAUGAAAUUAGUCGUAACACUGUGGAUGAAAUCUCCGUGACACCAUUUCAUCCCGAUCUAUCGAAUUUAAUGAAAAAUCAAUCACAUGUCUUCAAUAUAACAACAUUGAAUCAGCAUGCAAAUAUUCGCGAGGAAUUAAUGAUGAUAAUCAGUAAUUUGUCGUUGACAACAUUCAACGAUGUGAAACUUCAAUCGUCAAUGAUUUCAAUCUUAACCGAAACAACAAAUCAAUUAACCCGAAAAACCUUGAUCAAUGCACUGAACAAAUCUUCACAAUUAUCUUUUUUUCUUCAAUCUUAUAAAAAUAAACUCGCAUACGAAGACACUCAUUUCAUCGCAAUGCACAUUCUCGAGUCCGUCACAAAUAUUCAUACUGGUAUCAACGGUCCUUUGCAGCAGCGUAUGCAAGUUCUUCAGUUUGAUCUCGAAGACUUUUCUUUCACAGGAGAACACGAUCUUCAUCAUUCAAACUUCGAAUAUCAAAAGCAACUGGCGAAUGAAGUAACGCGUGAAAUUAACGAGAUUCUUUCGAUGAUAACAUCAGUGUUGGAUAUCCAUUUGCAUUUGAAUCAAUGCUUAAGCAUCAAUACAUCAUCGAUAUCAUUUCUAUUAAAGAAAGCAUCAUCUUCAUUCGUUUCCGAUCAUUGUAAAGCUGAUUUUUCAGUAAAUUCGACGGUUCUGAUCCGAAUGAUGACACAACCAUUGGCUCCAGAACAUCGAGUAGUGACAGCAUCACUUUCUGAUAACAAUCGUUCAGCGGUGACAAUAGCAGGAACAGGAUCAGCAGGAUCACAAUUACAUGAGCUUCAGUAUCCUUGGGGAAUAUAUGUGGAUAUCAAUUUUAAUUUACAUGUGAGUGACCAAGAGAACGAUCGAAUCCAGGUAUUUCGACGAGGAGAACGGAAUGGAACUAUUGUUGCUGGAAAGAACAUUCCUAAUGGCUUACUAUUAAAGAAGCCCACGGAUGUGGUAUUGGAUGGAAAUGGGUUUUUGUACAUAGCUGAUAAUAAGAAUAAUCGUAUAAUUCGAGUAGGAGAUGGUGACUUUGAGUGCAUUGCUGGUUGCACAAAGAUAGGAGGAUGGACAUCAAACCAACUUAACUUUGCAUAUUCUCUUCAAUUCGAUAGUAUUGGAAACUUAUACGUUGCUGAUGAAUUAAAUCGUCGUGUUCAGAGAUUCCGCAUUGAGCCUAGCUCUGACGGUAGUGCUUCGAAUAAUUUAUUAAAUAUUCUGAUUUCUUUCGAAGAACGCAAUUUACCCAUGAUCAAGUUUAUUCCAUUCGGAGAGAGAUUAAGAUUUCGACACAACCAAGGUUUUCACAUUAGUUCUAAAAUUGAUCUUCAAGAUGGUCUAUCUGAACCAUUCUCAAGCCGGUGGUGGAUUCUUAACUGUUCAUCAAUAUGUUCCAAUCAAACAAACACUAAUUUUCAUGUUCCUUCUCGAUCUCUUUCAUAUGGUCUCUAUCGGUUCAAAUUAACAGUAACAUUGACUAAUUGCCCUACGAUAGAAUCUUCAUCAUUCAUUGAUAUUGAAAUCACUCCACCAAAUAUCAUCACUAAUCUUGUUUCCUAUGAAACACGCAUCGCGAGACAUAAUUAUGGAGAAAAUCUUAUUCUUAAUCCUGGUAAAUAUUCUUACGACCAAAACUCAGUUCAAUUCAAUCAAUACGAUUGGUAUUAUGAAUAUUACUGUCGAAUUUAUUCAUCAAACCUUCAAGAAUUCGAAACCUUCGAAAGCGCAAAUCAAGCCUGUUUACUGGGUGAAUGGAUUUACAACGAUGCAAAUCAAUCGUCUGUAACGAUUUUUCAUAACGCAUUGCAGCUGAAUCAAACUUAUCAAUUUAUGGUUCAAAUGCUUCAUCGUCGGAAUUUUUCCCUACAGUCAUUUGGUUAUUUAAUUGUCCAAGUUGAAAAUCUUCAGUCGCCUGUCAUCAUUAUUCAGUGUCUCAUUACAACAAUGUGUGCAUUAAACGACGAAUUUUACUACGUCAAUCGUCAUACACAAUUUUCACUUUCCUCGUUUUGUUUAAAUAAUUGUUCGCAGGCAAUGAAUAGCACUUGGAACGUCUAUCGAAGAACGAUGAAUACAUCAAAUACGACUACUCAAUGGGAUUUGUUUACUCCACUAUCAACAUCAUCUUUCUUCGGUAUAAACACGACAAAUUUACUCGUGAUGAAAGAUGUUCUGAUCGAUCAAUAUUGGCGUUUUGAAGUUAUUUAUGGAUUUCAAUCAGGAAUAAGCCGAAGUACAUUCGAUGUAGAAUUCAAUGAUGGACCGCGCGAUGGCUUUUAUGGAAUCAAAGAAAUUUCAAUCUACGGUAAGGUUUUCUCGUCAGGUCGGAAAAUCUAUUCCCAAAGACAACUGUUGCUGACUUCGUCAACAAACUCAGUCAUUUCCCUUCGAUUACCUACGAACACUGAUCUACUUGCUCAAAUUCGGGAUACAUUUGGUUGUGUCACUGAAGUUGAUCUCACAUCAGUGACAAUCACUUCGAAUUCUUCGUUAAUUGGUGUUCUAUUUGAGGAAAAAUCGAACAUUGAGUCAAAUAUUAUCCUACUAUCUGAACUUCUAAAUGAAAUUAGUCGUAACAUUGUGGAUGAAAUCUUCGUGACACCAUUUCAUUCCGAUCUAUCGAAUUUAAUGAAAAAUCAAUCAACAUGCAAGCAUUCGUGA